UCGGGCCGAGGACUCCAAACUCUGGAAUUCCAAGCGACAGAAUAGUGCCGGCGUUCACCCGACGCGGGUCUCAAGUACGAGUUUGAUUUACUGACGCGUGCGAUAACCGCCCGCCGCAGAAUUAGUGUUUCUCGACUCGGCGCGACGCCGAGAAGGACAAGGAAAAACGGACUCUCGUCGAACACGAAAAUUGUACAGCUCUGUGCGAAACUCGAGUCACGGUGACGGAGAGAGGAGAGGACUGAAUAAUACUUUUGGACCGGCUGGAAAAAAGGAGUAAGAGUGGCAUCGGUGGCGAAGAUGCGGUCAGUGUUGGGCACAGUGAGCAGUGAUAGCUUGUGAUAACAAGAGAGGAGACGGGUUCGUGGGAUGUUGUCGGGAAACGUGAGUGACAGUCUCAAUACUCGUUAAUAUGUAAAUCACUCGAGGCGCGUGACGUGUUUUACUUUUCGUUCCUCCCGUUAAAUUAUUUGUUUUGUUUGACUGCGACUGGCCAACGCUAUUGUUGUCGUCGUGAACUUCGAGUCGGAGACGCUUCGUAAAAGUCAUAGAGCACGCGUUGUAUAUAUAUAUAUAUAUAUAUAUAUACGUAUAUAUGUAUAUAUAUAUAUAUAUCUAGACUCGCGCGGGUACACACGCGUUCGAAUGCGCGCACGCGCCUGUCGCCGGCCAUCGAAGAAGGAUAAUUGCGGUUAGAGAGAGGAUAUCAACGGGGCAAUAAUAUUAGUGACCAAACGAUACGGCGAGCAACGAUAAAUCGAAAAUGUCGGAAUCAACAAUCGUUUCGCGUCACCCGGUUAUCUGGACUUUGGCAGUGUUCGACGCAAUGCCACUAAUCAUAUGAUAAAUGUAGAACCCGUUGUAUGCUUUUCGUUUCUUCUUGAGUUUCGAGCGUCGCGUUUUUUUCCGCGUUCCUCGAGAGGAAGAAAGAAAGGAGGCACGGAGACGUAACUCCAAUAAGAGGAAGUGGGACGUGCGGGUGGUGAUCGAGAGAUCGUGACAAGGCCUGUUCACGAUAAACCUAAAGGCUAGUCGAGAGGGAAUAACUCGAGGAAGUCUGAAGGUAGAGAGAACGUGUUUUGUUUGUUUACAUGUAAGCAAAGAGAAAGAGACCUACCGUGUUGCGUGUGAAUUCUAAAGACUGUUUACAAUCGUUUGUAAUAAAGAGAAAAGGAAAGUUAUCGCGUUACGAACGGUGCAUGAUAAUUGCGUUCCCUUCUGAGCUCUCGUCUCGUCACGGUUUAAUUGACUCUGGCCGCGUUAAUGAAAGUGCGAUCGCGUCGGCGUGAAGUCGUCUCGUGACGGUAACUCGCCAGGCAGACCGGAAAGGACGACAUCGUGAGAGAAGAGAUCCGGCGUGUGUGCGCGCGCGCGCGCCAACUGCCGAUCGGCUGGUCACCGGUCAAGACACUUUGCAGACAGAGACAAUAUGAGUGAAAUGGCGAGUGUCGAGCAACAGUACGUGGGAGGUAGCGCGAACGCCGAACAUCAUUGCAAGGACUGCGGAUUGUAUUUCGAGAGCGACAAGAGUCUCGAGGUCCACCUGCGCUACCACCAGGACAACUUGUUGAGCCAGUGGGCCAGCCAGGCACAACAGGAGGAGAGCAACAAUAACAACAGCAAGGCCGGAAAUCACAACAGUCAUGUGGCGACGAAGAGGGAGAGUGUGACGGCCCCGGCGGACUCGAGUGAGCCAUCGUCGAGGCCGCCCUCGGAGGGUCCACCGGCUAAUCAACAACAAGCUGGCCAACAGCAGCAACCUGGUCAACAGCAGGUGGCUCAGCCGGGUCAGCAGCAAGUUCAAUCCAGUCAACCGCAACAGGGACUGCAAGGGGCUCAACAGCAGGCACCCUCGUCACAGAAUUAUAAUCAUUUUCAAACCCCGAUGUUCAGCGAGACCAGCUACUUCAUGCAGAACGAUCAGGCCUACAUGUUGCCCCAUCAGUUCUCGCCGAGCCGGGAAGAGGCCCAGCCGAGCAACUACAGAUAUCAUCCGUAUCAGCAUCAGCAACACUUCCCUCCCGAAAGAGCCAACUCGGUCAGCUCCACCAGCCCACGGAGUCCCUUGCAGUGCGACAAGUGCGGCGCUGUUUACGACGACGCUAAUCAGCUCGGCGAACACGUCAGGUCGAGUCACCCCACCUCGCCCGGUGCCUACAAUUCUCAGGCGCAGUACCAACAACUCGGCGGAAGUCCUCCGCAUCAGGCUCCGCAACAAAUGCACGCCUCGCCGCCGCAGAGUAACCAGCAAACGCAGCAAGCUUACGAUUACAACGGAGCCCAGCAGUCUGGCAUCAAGGUUGAAAUCAAACAGGAACCGGAGGAGCAGGCCGAGAUACUCGACCUGGACUCGCACAAGGUGCAGACGCACAGAUACGAGGAGGAGCUGAUGCGACUACAUCAGCAGCAGCAGCAGGAGAUGCAGAUGCAGAUGCACCAACAGCAACAGCAGCACCAACAGCAGCAGCAGCAGGCGGUUCUGCAGCAACAUCAGCAUCAACAGCAGCAGCAACGCGGAGGAUCUCAUUCGGUGAGUUCUAUGCUAGGGUGGCCUCCGGCACAACCCCACGAGUAUCAUCCCGCAGGAGUCUCGCCAAUGGGUCCUGGGCCCAUGGUGGACAAUGUCUCUCCAAUUCCCGAUCAAGGCCAAUUCAUGAGGGCCGCACCGCACAUACCCGUCGAACCACCGCGACAUCCUGGCUCUCCAAUAAUCAGCAGUACCCAACAGAUGGCACCGCACCAGAUCCCGGGGUUGUUACAGCAGCCGCCGAAGCCUCCGCCAAUGGCCAAUCAGUCCUGGAAGAGCAACGAGGCGCGGAGACCAAAGACCUACAACUGCACCGCGUGCAACAAGUGGUUCACGAGUUCCGGACAUCUGAAGAGGCACUACAACACGACUCUUCACAAGAAUGCCGUGAAGCAGAGCAACCAGCCGGAUCCGGCUAACAUGCCGAUAAGCGCCCAUCAUCAUCCGGGUAGGGAUGCUGCGAGCCUCGGGGGAGGCGGUGGAGGCAGAGGAUCGGCGAGGUCGCCGGAGCUAUCUUCUUCUGGGAGUCCCCCAAACUUGAUGGCAGGUCCCUCGGGCGAGGCGGCGAGGGGCCUGCUCCACACGCCCAGCACCCUCUACACCAGCAGCAAUUCCAGCAGCAACGAGUCUUCGGCAACCCUUCCACAGCAACCGCCUUCAACAAUCCACUUGGCAUCCACAAUGGUCCCCCUCAAUUCCCCGGCGCCAUCCCCAAUAACGGCGCACCAUCGAAUGGGUUCGCCGUCGGCGUCGCCCCAAAUGCCGGGACACCAUCUACCAAUGGGUUCGCCCUCGCAAAUGGGGGCCCACCCCAUGAAUUCGCCCAUCUCGCCCAUGGGGGCGCCGCCGCCGCCGCCGUCGCACCUGAAUUCGCCUUCGCCAAUGGGCUCGCACCCACACCACAUGAGUUCGCCGUCUCCAAUAAUGGGGGCCCCAAUGAAUUCGCCCCCGAUGGGGGGUACUUCGAUGCCUCAUCAGCCGUACCCAAACGCCUUGCCCCCCCACGUUACACCUACUACCAACAUCCCGGGUCUGCUGGAGUCUAUCACCAGCCAGCUAACUACUAUUGGUAACGAGUUACCACCUGCUCAACAGACUCAGGAGAUGUUACCCGGAUUCGGGACCUUCAGCAAUCAUCAGAGGCCCCUACCGAGCUUCAAUCAGUUCGGCAUGUCCGGGUUUCUAGUAGGCCCCAACCAGCCGCAGGCCGUUAACGUGGGGGGGCUAAGUCCGGAGGAGAAUCUUCGUCAAGACAGAUCCUUCGAUUCCCCCGGAUCGAAUUACGAUCCAUACCGCAGUUCACCGCCAAGGUACGAGUCCCUCGCCAACAUGGAGGUUAUGCAGCAGCAGCAGCAGCAGCAGCAGCAACAACAACAACAACAAUCGCAUCAACAUCAGCAGCAUCAACAACAACACCAUCAUCAUCAGCAUCAUCAUCAGCAGCAGCAGCGACAUCAGACCGAUGGAAUGAUUAUAAAACAAUACGAGAUGCCUCAACCAAGACAGAGUCUCGAGGCCAACAACAAUCUACCUCACAACAAAGAGGAUCAGAGAAAUCUCGGAAUCGGUCUUAACGCAAACAUCAACACUAAACCUCCUGCCGAUCAACACGGCAACGAGAAGGAGGACGCCAAGAAGAUGUCGAUGAUCACAAAGGAGCAUCAAGUGACGAGCACCAAUACCGGCUCCCACUACAUCUCCCAGGAUGGCUUUCACAAGUGCAUCGAAUGCGACAAGGUCUUCAACAAGGCCUGCUACUUGACCCAGCACAACAAGAGCUUCCACUCUGGCGACAAGCCGUUCAAAUGCAAUCAGUGCGGCAAGCGCUUCCCCCUGGAGUACUUGCACGCGGAGCACCUGCAGAAGCACGCCGGCGACAAGCCCUACAAGUGCGAGAUCUGUCCCAAGCAGUUCAACCACAAGACGGACCUCAGGCGGCACAUGUGCCUCCACACUGGCGAAAAGCCAUACGCCUGUGAUAAUUGUGGCAAAGGCUUUAUCAGGAAGGACCACAUGAUGAAGCAUCUGGAGACGCACAAGAAGAAGACCAACAGCCACGUACACUUGAGGGCGUAAUGCCAGAUUCCGUGGGCUACGUCGACCCCCACAGUCACCAUCAGGUCACCACAGCCCUUCACGUCAGGAUCCGAUCAGCCCCUCGUAGGUACUAUUACCGGUCCCUGUGUAUUUAUUGGCACCAUGCGAUUUUUCGUCCCCCUUUCGAAAACGUUUGCCCCCUUCUAAUACCCUCAACCCGAACUUAACACUGACCUAGUUAUACGUGUACCAACCUACCUCUACCUUACCCCUACAGCCCGGAACCCCGAAGAGGUCAAAGGUCUCUUCGAUCUUUGCUCCUGUCGUCCUCUGACACCUAUAUUCUUCAGUUUAGUCUUAUCACACAUGGGUUCGUAACAAGGAAGCGAAUAUCCUGGAAGAGCCUUUACCUCCUGACCUCGUGACCUCGCACACCUUCCUAGUGACGAUUAGAUGAAUAUUCGUUUUUUGCUCAGCACUAUUUAUUUUAUUUUGACCGGGUAAGCCGAGGAUACUAAUUGAAAUCAAUUCGAGAAUCGAUAAGCGCGAAUAUGUUUGUCGCAAGUGGCGAUGAGUUUUGUCGUUCGAAAAACGUGAGCAUCGUCGGUUGGCCGCGAGACAUACGAAAAGGAGGCCUUAAAAAUAUUAACUUUGCCAAGAUUACAAGGCUUCUUCCCGUAUACACUCCUGGCUACCAGUAACGCCGAGUUCUCAAUUGAUUUGGACGAAUCCUCGGCGCGAGUCGAUCGGUGAAUCGCGGUGUCUCGUGUCGAUCUCAAUCGUGUUGUGCUUGACAGGGGAAACCGCGAUGUCAUCCGCGGGCCGUGCUAGCUCGCUCUGAUUGUAAAUCACUGGUUAACGAGUAAUAAUUAAUGAAUUAACUAAUAUUAAAAAGGAUAUCAAACUUUGAAGCUUAUCGAUUGUACAAAAUACGUUAAAUGUAUAGGCAUAUUAUUGUAAUUAUUGAUUUAAUAUUAAUUAGAAA